GACGAACUGAGCUCGGCCAUCGGGCUUGCUGGUGAAUUCAGUAGUGAAAAAGGCCACACGUUCAUUGAGCAGCUUCACAAAGUCCAGUGUAUGCUGCAGGAUGUGGGCUCCAACAUCGCGACGCCUCUUUCCUCAGCCAGGGAGGCUCACUUAAAACGAACAUCUUUUAGCGAGAAGCCAGUUCUGGAGCUGGAGCAGUGGAUUGACACUUACUCCGAGCAGCUUCCUCCGCUCAGAGCUUUCAUCUUGCCAUCAGGAGGUAAAAGCAGUGCUGCUCUCCAUUUUUCCCGAGCUGUCUGCCGCCGAGCUGAAAGGUGCGUGGUUCCUUUAGUACAAGCAGGGGAAGCAGAUCCAAACGUGGCUAAAUAUUUAAACAGGCUGAGCGACUACCUCUUCGUUUUGGCACGUUACGCUGCGAUGAAGGAAGGGAAGGAGGAGAAGAUCUAUAUAAAGCCUGAACCGUAA